AUGCUGAUAGUAAAGAGCUUGAUAGGAUUGGUGACAGCGGUUGCCACCUACAGAAUGUUUUUUGCCAGCCAAGAGAACUCCGCAGAAUACAGAAGGAAUCAGAUCGAAUCGGUAUUUUUGCAAUCUUGGCGAGACUAUUGCAAGCAUGGUUGGGACGCAGACGUGUACAAGCCCGUCUCCAAGGAAAAGUCCAAUAUGUACGGCUCUACCGACAAACCGUUGGGUUGGAUCAUAGUGGACUCCAUUGAUUCUAUUCUAAUUAUGUACAACUCCAGCACGGCAAAUAAGGCGCAAUUUGAAGAGGAAUUUUUGCGUGUCGAAGAAUGGGUCACAACGAAACUGGAUUACGACAUAGACGUUCAUGUCUCGCUAUUCGAAACCACCAUCCGCAUGUUGGGCGGUCUUCUGUCUGCCUACCACCUGUCGAAAGAAAUGAACAUUGGUAAUUCUAGCGUGUUCUUGGAAAAAGCUAUUGACCUGGCCGACAGAAUGAUGCCAGCGUUCGACAACACCCCAACAGGAAUUCCAUAUUCAAGCAUCAAUUUGCAUACGGGCGCUUCCGAGCGAAACCAUGCCGAUAAUGGUGCAUCGUCCACCGCUGAAUUCACAACGUUGCAACUGGAGUUCAAAUACCUAAGCAUAAUCACCGGUGACACAAAAUAUUGGAGUGCUGUGGAAAAAGUAUACAGACCGCUAUAUGAAAGUAAUCGCCUGCUUGGGCAUUAUGGGGGGCUAGCUCCAAUCUAUGUCUAUCCGGACAACGCAAAAUUCAGAGGAAACAAUAUCAGAUUGGGUUCGCGGGGCGAUUCGUUUUAUGAGUAUUUGCUGAAACAGUACUUGCAAACCCGAGAAACUCUAUAUUAUGUGCUUUACCGAGCGUCGAUGGAAGGCGUCAAACAACAUCUGGUAUCCAAAUCGCACCCCAGCAACUUAGUAUACAUAGGUGAGAAGGAAUAUGGUUUGAGAGGUCCCUUAUCACCUAAGAUGGACCACCUGGUGUGCUUUAUGGGGGGACUUUUGGCGAUGGGUGCAACCGAAGGCUUGCAUAUAUCUGACGCUAGACAACAACCUUUUUGGAGCACCCAGAGGGACGAAGAUUGGGCAUUGGCGCAGGAUCUCACGUAUACGUGCUACCAGAUGUACCACCAAAUUCCAUCGGGCCUCGCACCUGAGAUUGUAGUGUUCAAUGACCAAAGUCAGCGAAAGUCCGGUACACGCCAAUGGUGGAAGUCAUCCAACGGUGAUUUCUAUGUGAAGCCCGCAGAUGCUCAUAAUCUGCAGAGGCCCGAGACUGUUGAGUCCAUCAUGUUUCUCUAUCACUUGACGAAAGACCAGAAAUACCGCGAUUGGGGAUGGGAGAUUUUCAAGUCUUUCCGCAAACACUCCUCGCUAUCUUGUAAAUCUUCUGACCAUGAUUGCGCUUACACAUGUAUGGGCAAUGUUUUGGCAGAUCCGCCCACCAUCGCGGAUAGUGUCGAAAGCUUCUGGUUUGCAGAGACGCUCAAAUACCUCCACCUGCUAUUCCAAGAUGAUGUUGAUCUCACCAAGGUUGUCUUCAACACAGAAGCUCAUCCGUUUCCUGUCGUGAAAAGCCUGAACCUGCGGAACUAG